AUGGCGCAGCCGUGGGACUACAUAGCGAAGAUCGUAUCGUUAGGCGAUUCAGGAUGUGGUAAAUCAAGUUUCGGAUCGCGCAUCGUUCCUGUCGGCCCACCAGCAUCGCAUUCCCUGAGCAUCAACAACCCCUCCAAAUCCUCACAAGCACAAGCGCCCGUAUCGCCGUCGAAACAAAAGCAGGAGCAAAAGCACAUGAAGCUUUCGCUAUGGGAUACAGCAGGUCAGGAGACGUACAAGAGCAUCACGAGAAGUUAUUUCCGGGGCGCAUCGGGCGCGCUGCUAGUAUUCGAUAUAUCGCGGAAGAACACGUUCCUCUCCGCCACGUCAUGGUUGCACGACUUGCGGCAAAUCGCCGAGGAAGGCAUCGUCGUGGUGCUCGUGGGCAACAAGUCUGAUCUCGCGGGGUCGUCUACCGUAACUGAUUCGGACGCCGCGAACAAGCGACAAGUCACAAAAGAAGAGGCUGAGGAGUGGUGUAAAGCGAAUGGCGUCAUGCAGUACGUCGAGACGAGCGCCAAGAGCGGAGAGGGUGUGGAACAAGCCUUUUUGGAAGUCGCAGAGCGGAUAUACCAAAAUAUAGAAGCUGGCAAGUACGACUUGAACGAUCGAAGGAGUGGAGUCAAGGGGCCGGGAGGCGGGGCGAAUAGGGCAGGCGUCAACCUGAAUGACGCGAGUAAAAAGGGAAAGCAACAGGGCUGGGGCGGUUGCUGCUAA